AUGCGACUUCAAUCAUUCCUUGGUCUAUUCAUUUUCGCCCUUCUAUACGAGCUAGGUCUGUCAUACGAUGCACUGCGCCGAAAGAACACAAUCCAGCUGGUCGGACUCUGCAUCUGUAAUCUGGGCUUGUUCACUUAUGGUAUUCUCCAGAUGCAGGAGAUCAAGGAGACUAUCUCCAGCUUGACCGAUAAAAGCAUCAGCGACCGUCUGCAAAAAUUUCAUCACAUUGAGCUCAUUCUUGUCCCGGUAUUCUUGGGUAUCGGGACUGUGUGCAUGAUCUUUUUUACGUGGAAGUUGCGUGCGGAGUUUUCAUGGUCCAUAUACAAGAAUAUCAGCGCGGAUUUGCAGAUGAAGCGUCGUUAUUUUACAUAUCAGGUGUAUAUCGCUCUCCUGAAAUUCGAUUUCUUCUUCGUAUUCGGAAGUCAGCUUCAAAUCCUCCUUGUUGUCUUUCAAGCCGAAGACGCCGAUUUUAUCCUCAAUGCCGCUUUGAUCCCAACCACCAUAGCGACCUUGAUCCUGUCGGCUCAAUUUUGCAAGCGCGAGAAAAUGAAAUCGCUCAUACUUAUGAACUUCUUUAUGCUUGUUAUAAUGGGAUGUUUCGGUGUUACCCUCUUUCGAAUUCACAGUCCCAGGGAGAGCACUGAUUUCAGCUCUGUUCGAGUGUCUCUGACAUUAUUCUCCUCUGUAUCAUUGCUUCUGAUGACUCUCACUGUCGUCAACUCCGUGAUAUGUAUCCUUAAUUUUAAUAAAGGAUUGAAGAUUCACAUCAAUCCCCCUAAAAAGCGGAAAACGUCAGUCUCCUUGGAGCUUGAAUCACAAGAGGUACCUACACGGUUCUUGUUGAACUAG